GCUGUGAUUUUAUGGGGUGGUGGGAUUUCGUGUCGAGCCUGACUAGAAGGCGGAAGAAGCUGGUCGAAGCUCGACAAUGAAAAUGAUGGAGAGCAAGCUGGAAACCACUGGAACACACGCGGCACGUCGGGCGCUUCCUGGGUGAUUCUGGGAAAUGCUGGAUGUGUACUCUGCGUUCUCGAGUUUAUUUUUAAUUUUAUAUUAUUUUCUACGAUUUAUUCCCAUCUCCAGCUCUCGUCUUGAAGCGGCAUCGCCAUGCAUAUUCUCCCAGCUUCCAUUUCCAUUUCCACACGGGGCGGGCCCCUCUCUGUGCGCUACUCGCCUCACCGCCCAUGACGUCGCCUGGACAAUUAUCAUUGUUGACAUCUCGCAUCAUCGUCGCCCCAUCACUACUCUUCGGUCCCGCCAAACGGUCCAGAUCUUGGUGGUUGAGGUGAAGUCAUUGCCACUGCUUCUUCUCCAAUGGAUGAGGUCGAUCCUGAGACGCCCUUCGCCCUGCUUCGAACCCCUCGUUGUUGUGGCUUUGGAAGCUGAUCAAGUAGCUACUUCACACGUGACUCUAACAACCCCUCCAUCACGUGCGGGGCAAUAGGUAGGAAAGGGACCAACAGCUAAGGUAUAGAUAG